UCUCCCCACAACAACAUCUCCAAUUUCGCCAUUAUACCUGUAAAUUCAAAAAUUUAUUCAUAAAACGCUCUUUCCCUUAAUAAUACAUGAAUGUAGGUUACUUYUAUCACUACACAAACCUUGUAUUGAAAGGUCUGACGCAAAUCAGUUUAUUUACUCUUUCCACAAUUCCAGAAACAGAAGCAAUCAAUUUGUCAUCCUGAACAAAUGUGCCAUGUCCCCUUGAAUGUAGAAACAUUGCCAAAGUUAACCGAAUAACAUGGAUUUCUCAAAGUUCUCCGAUCAGAAUUUUGAYGUCAAAGAGUGGGUAAACGCGGCUUUGAGGUCGCGAGAUGAAAAAACUCCUAUGGAUGCGCAUGCCUCAACUCUAGUCAUGAAACUUCAACUGUUUAUCCAGGAGGUAAAUAAUUCAUUAGAAGAGACCAGCAUACAAUGUGUUAAUUGCAUACCAAGGGUGUCAAGAGAAAUUGAAAAUCUAAGACAUGAGGCAGCUCUUUUGAAGGAACAAAUGCACUUAGUCAAGGAAGACAUCAAAAAGGUUGAGGAAAACACAGCACAGUCUAUGAAACUGUUAAUGGAACUUGAUGCUGUUAAGUCAAGAAUGCAGUCAGCCUCACAAGGUCUUCAAGAAGCUGAUAACUGGACAACGCUUUCUUCAGAUGUYGAAAAGGUUUUUGAAUCUGGAAAUAUAAAAGAAAUCUCUGCCAAGCUUGUUGGAAUGCACAAGAGUCUAACUGUACUGCAAGAUGUACCAGACUAUGCUGAAAGAAGGAGACUAUUGGAGGGUUUAAAGAAUAAACUAGAGGCUUUACUGAGUCCUAAGAUAGUAUCAGCAUUCAACAACCAUUCCCUAGAUGAGACAAAAGAAUAUGUCCAGAUAUUUACAGAUAUUGAUCGCCUUGAUCAGCUACAAAAUUAUUAUAUACGAUGCCAUAAGACAAAACUGCAAAAGACUUGGGUUGAUAUGCGCACAGAAGAUCCUAACAAGACGAUGCUUGAUUGGUUAGCUACUUUUUAUGAUGUGAUGUUAUCAACAUGGCAUACAGAAAUCAGUUGGUGUAGUCAAGUCUUCCCUGAACCAGGAACAGUGUUAUGUGUUUUAUUCACACAAACACUAACUCACUUGGAUCCAUCACUCUCRCAGUGCAUUACAGAAUAUACCAAGGAUGAAGAAGAUCUUUUACAAAGAUUGAUUGACUUACGGCAGGUGACAAUGAGAUAUGCACAAGGACUAGAGACUGCUUUAGGCCAACAAGAAGGAAAAUGUAGUCCCAAUUCAGUAUCAAUGUUGGUUGAUGCAGUGUUUUCCCCUUAUACUCAUUACAUGCUGGAGUAUCCAAUGCUACAGCAAGACUAUAUGGCCACACAGCUACAAAAUAUGACACUGAAAUCAGAUGGUUUUCUUGAAAUGGCUGGACUUAUGUCUGAAUCAGUUGAUAAAGUAUUUCGUCUAGCAGAUCAGGCAAUUGAYUACUGCGUUAAGCUAACAGAUGGCUAUGCAGUGUGCGGACUGAGCAUGGUUCUUGAGGAGUUCUUUAGUGUUUAYGCUGGUCAACUUGACGAAUGCAUUAGAUCAUUGCGAAAACAGUGUCAACUUGACAAGGAAUUCUCACCAGGCAUUGAUGAGGAUUUCCAUGAGGAUUGGACAUUAUUCCAAAAUGCUUUUCGAAUUAUACAAAUAUGUGGUGAUCUCAUUCUUCGAGUUUGUGAUCAUGACAAAAAUCUCUAUGACAUUGUCAUAAUGUGUGGCCGUGAGAUUGGAGGGAAAUCAUCAGAUAGCGAGACAACAAAAUCRUCAGCACGGCCUUUCAAAUGGUACAACUAUCUACAGAAAGAAAGACCCAAUGAUUUCAAUACAUUGCUGGAGUUUAUACAAAAGUUUCAGUCAGGGGAUUCAGAAAGUUCUGUUUUAUCCACUGUAUCUGAGGAGAUCCAAGCACUCAAUGAACAAGCACAUAGACUUGCAUUUGAUGUAGCUUUUAUACAAAUUAAACAGCAACUCUCUUUAGUCCCCUCCUUACAGGCUUGGAGUGCUUUAUCAGCAGAAUCRGGAUCAGCCUUAAGCAGUGAGUUACCAACCUUUAGUUUCUCACCACAAGGCUAUAUAACACAUAUUGGUGAUCAUUUAUUGACACUUCCACAGCAGUUGGAACCUUUUAUCACACAAGAGAACCCAGCAUUGUCUGCAGCUAUGAAAACUGGAAAAUUACCCUUUCCUGACGAACAAGAUGAGGGUGUUGAUCCUGCCUCUCACUGGCUUGGCUCCAUAGCACGAGGGACAUUACAUACAUACACAGAAAGUAUCUUGCGUAUCCAUGAACUCACUCCGUAUUCAACAAAACAAUUACUCGCAGAUAUUGAAUAUUUCUGUAAUGUAUUAGAAGCCCUAGAAGUAGAGCCCAAUACAUCUUUGAAUGAUAUAAUGACCUUAUUGAAAGCAAGUCCUGAAGAGUUUCAUGAAACUGCAGCAGAUAAGAACGUGGAAGAAAGAAUUCAUCUUGCAAUUUCAGGGAUUAGAAAGAUUUAAUCAAUUAUAAUAAAAUUAUACACACAUUCUCAGUUAGUAAUUUGUACGCAGAAAAAAGGAAMAAUUGUUUUAGUUUUACCUAUCUACAAUUGCCAGUCAGCAGAAGAAGAUAGAGCAAUGGCAAAGAAUGCUAAAUAUAAUGCAUUACCGUGUUGAUUAAAGACAAAAAAAUGAAAGAAUUCACACGAUUCAGUAAAAAUUUAGUACUAUACAAAAACUAUAUAAAGACUACAAAAGUUUGUUUUUGGUUAUGGUGUUUGCACUCUAUAAUUAUAUGAAAAAAUUAAAGUGGUAGUUCCAGCUAGUAAAUGAGGAAUUUAUUGAAUAAUAAUUAAAUAAAUAGAGGAUAUUACAUGRGCGCGCGGWAAUASUUAUUUUAUCUUCGAGUGUUCAAUCAAUAUCUCACGAGUGAGCGUAGCGAACGAGUGAGAUGUCAAUUGAACACGAGAAGAUAAAAUUAGUAUUUCCAAGCGGCCAUGUAAUGUUCUAUUUAUUACAUGUAUAUACAUCGAUCUAUUGAUCUUUAUAUAAAUAUUGAUCUAAUUGGCCGAAAAAAUGCAGUGUCCCCAUGCCAACAAUGAUAUCUUUUCAUGGUUUAAAAUAUUGCAUUUUCACAACUAGAGAAAACCUGGUAUCAUUGAUAUGUAUAUACUGUAAUAAUAACAUGUAAUUUACUCUGUUGUUACUGCCGGUAGAUAUGAUAUUAAUUUAUUAAAACCUACACUUCAUCAAAUCUAA